AAACAAACACGGAAAUCUUGUGUGCAAUCGAUUCAUCGUUUCUUGCUAUGAGUUUGAGGAGGAGAUUGGAAGCUCUUCUAAAAAGCAAUUUUAUAAACAUUUUUGGCAUCCAAAACUACGCAAAAUUCUUUGUCGGCUCACCGCCUGGCAGGUCUGGUCCAGCUAAUGCAAUGGGCAGUAAGUCUGAAUGCCAGAAAGAUGAUGCAGCUGUGGAGCAUGUCUACUGCAGAGGUGCUGUCACAGAGUUGCUUAAAUAUGGACACAGAAACCUGCACACAGCUACUAAAAACUCCAACUCACCUCAAGUACUCAUCCUUGUUAUCCCAGGCAACCCAGGUGUAGUGGGAUUUUAUAAGACCUUCAUGUGGACAUUGUAUCAGGCAUUUAACAAGCUAUACCCAGUCUGGGCUGUGAGUCAUGCUGGGCACUGUGCAUUUCCAGACACAAUGGAUAUGGUUGAAGAUGCUUCGGUGGCCGAGGCAGGGGAUGUGUUUGGCUUGAAUGGGCAGAUUGAGCACAAACUCGGCUUUCUCUUGGAACACGUGCCCCGAGACACACACCUUAUCCUGAUUGGUCACUCAAUCGGCUGCUACAUCAUUCUGGAGAUGAUGAAGAGAGACCCAGAGUUAAAGGUGGUGAAGUCUGUGCUGCUGUUCCCCACUAUCGAGCGCAUGGCCUCAAGUCCGCAGGGCAAGGUCAUGACUCCUGUGCUGUGUCACCUGCGCUACAUUGUCUACUUGCCCAUUUUCCUUCUCUCUCUCCUUCCCGAGAGGCUGAAGGCUGGCAUGGUGCAGAUGGUUUUGAGGAACAUGCAUUCACUAGACACAUCCUGUGUCCCAGCAACCCUCAGCUUGAUCAAUGUGGACUGUGCUGCAAAUGCUAUGUAUAUGGGGAGUCAAGAAAUGAGGAUGGUGCUAGAUCGAGAUAACCUGACCAUACAGCAACAUCUUGACAAGCUUAUUUUCUACUACGGAGCCACAGACCACUGGUGCCCUGUGCAGUACUUCCAGGAUAUUCGAAGAGACUUUCCCGAUGGAGACGUUCGUCUGUGUGAGCGCGGUCUGCGCCAUGCAUUUGUCCUUGACGCGGGUGAAGAUAUGGCUAACAUGAUCACCGAGUGGAUCCGUGAUGACCUAAGAGGAUUAUAGUACUGCUAGAAUCAAAGCAAACCUUACUAAUGACAUACACAAGCUCCAUAUUCCAGUCCAGUUCAAAAUGACUUGCAUUACAAGACCUUUUAAAGGCCUUUAUUAUUAUGAUGCUGAAACUCAGCAAUCAUUUCCAGUGAAAAUGCACAGAUUCUCAAAUUUGUGCCUUAAAAUAAAAAAUAAGAAUAAGUAAUAAGUUUACUAAGUAAUGUUAUUAUGCUCUACUCUAAACAUAUGAGUAUUCUGAUUUUAUUAAGACUAGAAGCAUAAAUAGAAAAUCUAGAAAUGUGAUUCCUACAUCACUAAACGCCCCACCUACUUUGUUAGUAUAUUUUUUUGUUUGCUUGUUUGUUUAUAAUAAGUUAUUGGAUUUUGUCUAUAAUCGUUAAUAGUUAAAAAUAAUUUUUUUGUCCGAUAUAAUAGCAGGAUUUAUCCUAAGUGAAGUAAAUAAGCAUGUUUUGAGACCAAAGUUUUCCUAUAUUGUCCAAAAGUUAUUAUAAAUCAGAUCACAACAGGAAACAACAUUAUCUGUCAUUGAAACAAAGAUGCAUUACUAUUUAAUAGAAAUGUAAUUUAAUAUUGAUGCUUGUAUU